AUGAACCACGCCCGCCUCCUCAACCAAGAAUACACGCCGACGGCCCAGGAACAAUCACAAUUCCCAAUCCACAACCUCACCACCCCACUGAACCACUUCCCCACCUCCCCACGCUACCCACCCACGAACCUCACCUUCCCGCUGCGCUACAUCCUCGACACCACACACUACCAACCGGGGGGCCCGGUCUUCGUGAUCGCCGGCGGCGAGACCUCGGCGCUGAACCGCCUCCCCUUCCUGUCGCAGGGAAUCGUCCACGAACUCGCGCGCAUCUACCAGGGGGUUGCCCUGAUCGUCGAGCACCGGUACUACGGGACGAGCUACCCUGCCAGCCCCAACACCUCCUCCUCCUCCUCCUCCUCCUCCUCGUCUUCUUCCACCUCCCAGAACCACGACGAAACAAUCCCCCUCUCCACCCUCACCUACCUCACCACCGAACAAGCCCUCGCCGACUACGCCUACCUCGCCACCCACCUCCCUCCGAUCAUAUCAUCAUCAACAACAACAACAACAACAACAACAACAACAACCACCACCCCAGAAACCCCGGACCUCUCCCCCAAGACAACCCCCUGGAUCGCCUACGGCGGCUCCUACGCCGGCGCCUUCGUCGCCUUCCUCCGCCAAUCCUACCCGGAAACGUUCUGGGCCGCCAUCUCCAGCUCCGGCGUCACCGCCGCCGUCGAGGAUUACUGGCAGUACUACGAGCCGAUCCGCGUGCACGGUCCGCGGCGCUGUGUGGCGGCGCAGCAGGCGCUGAUCGCGUGGGUGGAUCGGGUGCUUCUCGCAUCCCAGGGUUCACACAGUCAUACGGAUCGUGCAACGGUGCUGAAGGAGGUGUUCGGGGGCAAUGCGCCCAACUUGACCGACCAGCACUUCGUGGCCGGGUUGGCGGAACCCUUGGGGCUGUGGCAGGAGCGGAACUGGGAGCCCGAGGUGGGGGAUCUCGGGUUUAGUUGGUUUUGUGGGAAUAUUACGGCCCCUACUGUGUUGGACACGGAGCUGGAAGAGGAGGUCGGGGGGAAGGUGAGGGGGCUGGUGGUUGAUGACAACGGGAAGGAGGGGGAGGCGUGGGUGACGGGGAUCGUGAAUUGGGUGGGGUUUGUGCGGCGGGAGGGGGUGUUCUCUUCUUCUUCUGAUGAGGGCUCUGGGGUUCUCGCUGGGGAGGGGGGAGGUGAGGACGACGGAGCAGGCGACGACAAACGCCUCCCCCGCACGGCCUCGACCAGCUGGAACUACCAGGUCUGCACGGAAUGGGGCUAUUUCAUGCCGGGCUCGACCGUCCCCUCGCACAUCCAGCCGCUCGUCUCGCGUCUCCUCACCCCCGGCUUCUGGGUCGACAUGUGCAAUGCCACCUACGGGAUCACCAGCCCGCCGGACACGGAGCGCAUCAAUCAGUACGGCGGGUUCGAGUUCUCGUAUCCCCGGGUCGCGCAUAUUGGCGGGUUGGCGGAUCCCUGGAAGGAGGCGACCCCCUUCGCGACGGGGUUGCCGGUUCGGAAUUCUUCGACGGAGGAGCCGAUGGUUUUGAUUCGCGUGCCGGCGGAGGAGGUGUACGAUGGGAUGGAGGGCGGGGUGCAUCACUGGGAUCAGAAUGGGGUCUUUGGGGCGGAGGAGCACUGGGAGGGGAAGAGGGUGGUGCCUCCCAAGGGCGUGCGCGAGGUCCAAGGCGAGGUGAUCGGGUUCGUCGGCGGGUGGUUGGGGGAGUGGCGGCAGGCACAGGGUCAGCUACAGUUACAGGACAAGCUGGAAGAUCUCCGCAAGGGCGACAUGCAGGCGAUCCUGACCCCCGAAGCACAUCAGAUUAUCCUCUAG